AUGAAUUGCGAUGGAAGAGUUGAAGGAAAUUCCAAAAGAAUAUUGAUUCUUCUUUUCGAUGGUUUCAGUUGUAAAAUUUUGAUUCAGUUUUAUCAUUCAAUAUAUCUAAAGUAUUCUACAAAUUUUGAUACUUAGCAGUAAAAUGCCUUUAGUAUUUACGUAAUAAAAAAUUCUUGGAUAAUUAAUAAGAUUUAUCAAAAUCGUUUUUUUAGCAUUUUUAAAUCAUUUUGGUUCGAUGAAUAUUGUGUUAAUAAAAUAAACCUAAUCUCCACUCUCCUCUUCUUCCAAUAUAUGUAAUCUACCGACUUUCUCGGAGUCUAACCAAACUUUCUAUAAACUCAUUGUAUGACUGCCUAGUAAUAAUUAACUGAAUUUCCUUUUGAAAAUGCCCAAGAGGAGAUCCAAAUAAUCGAGAGUGUUGAAACGUUCAAUUUUGAGGGGGAUAAUGCACCUAAUGAUUAUUACAAUCCGAUUCAAAAAUUGCCUCUGAAGAAACCUCGCAAGAGAAGAAGAAGACAAGUCAUACACGAUAGGAGAAGAAGAAGGCCAACCACAAAGAAAAUUAAUAGAAAGCAUCAACCAAUUCCAUUCAAUUAUGUAGAAGAUAGACAAAUUCUUCUUUAAGUCUUGGAGUUGGGACCAAAGUUCUAUAAAAUCGCUAAAAGCUUCCCUAGCAGGACCUUGAGCAUGGUGAAGAAUAGAUAUUACAAGACCUUGCGCUUCCAGUGGGAUGCUAUUUUGGGACAGGCCUAUGGUCAUCUGAAUGCAUCAGAUAGAGAAAUGGAAAAUCAACACAGUAUGGAUUGCUUGCAAGAGCUUAGCGAUGAAAAUAUCUAUUCAUAAAUUUUAUUUUGAAUAAAUCCUAUUAUUCUAA